AGUAUCCCCGCAUGAUACGGCUCUCGUAAAUACAAAUUCCUAGGCGCCCUACAAAAGGCAAGGCCAGAUACGGGACAUAUUCUUAUCUUCAAGAUUCGGUCAACGCACUGCUGAAGCCUUGUGCCCCAUCGGUGGUCAAGCAUGUACUACAAGUCGCUCUUCCCUGACCUUCCAAAGAUCCCCGAAUCAAACAUCCACCACUUCAUCUUCGGGCGGCCUGACCAGCAGGAGUGGCCAGAUUACACUUUGUUCGUGAACGUGGCUACUGGCCAGCGUCGUUCAUUCAGGGAAUUUGUCGAGCGUGUCCGCGAUGGCGCUACUGCGCUUGGUGCUGAUGUGACGCAGGGUGGCCUAGGAUUUCGCCCAGAAAAUGGAGAGCUUGUAGGCAUUCUAAGCGAGAAUUGCCUAGACUAUAUCGCACUGGUGCAUUCGCUGCUGGUUAUCACGGUCCCAUUUGCGCUGUUCUCAUCGUACUCAACACCAUACGAGUUCAAACACACCAAUUCGCUCGCGCAGGCGACUACGAUUUUUGCCAGUCCCUCGUUGCUGCCACUCGCUUUGACUUCAGGUCUCCCUGCAGAUCGGAUCUAUAUCUUAGAAGGCAAAUGUGAUGGUUACACAAGCUACGAUAAGCUCGUCUCCUCUGCUCGCAAGAGUGCCCUCAUGGCAUCUCAAGGAACCAUCAUCCAUGCCACCCUAGGAAUGAUGGUGCACUUUAUGGAAACGGCUAAAGUCCAACAGCCACCAGUACGGGACAUCCCUGAUGGGCUUCCAGUAUACUUCAAUGUCCUUCCAUUCUACCAUACUUACGGCCUCUACAUGACCAGUUUUUUCGGCUUCCUCAAACCCUCUACGACAGCUAUACUACCGAAGUGGGACAUCGAUUUUUUUUUCGACAGCAUCCCAAAAUACCGUGUCACGAUGUUAGGCCUCGUCCCAUCACUUGUACACCAGCUGGUUCACCAUCCCCGCUUCAAGACAGCUGAUUUGAGUUCGGUUAAAAGCAUACUCAGUGGCGCUGCACACCUCCCACCCCAGCUCGCUGCCCAGCUUUGCGCUCGCUUCCCGGACGUGGAAGGAAUCAAUGAAGGAUAUGGUAUGUCCGAAUUCACAGCGGUGGCUAUGAAACCCCUCCCUGGCAUGCUCAAUGGACGGGCCAAGAACAAACCUGGCUCCGUCGGGAUUCUGGCCUCUGGUGUCGAAGCUCGCAUUGUUCGACCCGAUGGGUCUCUUGCAGGCCCAAACGAGGCGGGUGAACUCCUUGUACGCGGUGGCACUGCGGUGCUGGGAUACAAGGGAAAUGCCAAGGCGACACGGGAGACGUUCGUCGAUGGGUGGGUGCGGACGGGCGACCAGAUGCGGAUCGACGAGGACGGAGUGCUUUUCUUUGAGGACCGCACCAAGGCAAGCUUACGCCGCGACACACUCAAAAUCUCGGGGAUGCAAGUUUCCCCUGUUGAAAUCGAGAACUUGCUUCUGGCGCAGCCGGACAAAUUGAUCAUUGAUGUAAGCGUUGCGGGUGUGUCGGGUGGGCGUACCUCGGACGAACGCGUUCCGCGAGCAUGGAUCGUGUUAUCCCCGGCAAGCGCGGCGCUUGAUGAGAAAGAGAUCGUGACACGGCUUGAUGCAUGGGUGCGGGAGCGACUAAGUCCAUAUAAGUGGUUGAGGGGGGGAAUUGGGUGUGUGGAGUCGAUUCCGAAGACGCCAACUGGAAAAGUGUUGAGGCGAGAGCUGGUGGAUGAGUAUGAAAGGGAGGUGAAGGCGAAGGCGAGAUUGUGAAGACGCAACAGAUUGUGCACCCCUCUAUCUGAACGAGACUGAUGAGCUUUUUGAUCAAUACCUUGCUGACUUGUGCCGCGGAUGUAUUUUGUAGAAUUUUUAAAUCUUACAGCGCGUACCUGCGGAGACUCAAAAUGACUCGGAGCAGUGAGCGCUUGAGCGCUGAGCAAAUGAUGCAAGUAAGCACUUUCAACUGCGACGCACAGGCGAAUUGAG